AUGAAGAAGCAUAUUACUAAGCCUAAAUUCAUAAGAGAUGUCAAGACUAAUCAUGCUUAACAAAAAUAAAUAGAUCCUAAAGUGAGAGAAAAACUGGCUACUUUCUACAAGGAAAUUAUUACACCAUCUAAUAAAGAUAUAAUGGCAAGUAUUAACAGUAUUAAGGAGGAAAAGAGACUGUCAAUGAAUAACCAAAGCCAAAGCUAGUUUUUCAAGGGAGCUGACAAGAUGAAGAAAUAUGAUUACCAGUCAAUGAUGCUCAGUAAUAAGAACUUAUUCCCUAAACUGAAUACAACUGCCUCUAAUUUCAUUACUCAAAUAAUGAGAGAUAAAGACUAAUCUAGGAAUGAAUAUUAAGACAAGCUAUUAGAGAUCAAUAACUCCGAAAUUAAGCCAGACUAAGAUGAUUAAAAGAAGUACUAUUUGACUCAUAUUGAUACAUUCAAUAACAACUCAAUCAUGAAGAGGCAUCACAGAAUAGAAAGUUACAAGAGUUUAGAGAAUAGAUAACAAGUAGAAUAGUUUGAGGAUCCUUUUCCCUCAAGUAGAUACAUGAAUCUGGAUUAGGAUUUGACUUAGUUCUUAGAUAAUAAGAAUAUGUGGGGCAAGCUCUGUCAAAACAGUUUGCUAGAAUAGGUUGAAAAUAAACAAGAAAAAGGUGUGCUUACUUAGUUUGUAGAUUAGAUAAUAGAUGGAAAGAUGACCACACAUGAUUUAUUAGAUGAGAAAACUGCUAACCUGCUGAGUAAAGCUUACAAGUAUAGGGGAUCCUUCAUCUCAGCAGGAACUUAGUAGAUCAUUGACAAGUCAUUGAAAGAUGAAUUUGAUCUUAAAGAUAUAAAUGAGCUAACUUAGCAUCUUCAAAGCGUUGAUAAGCUGAACCUAUACAAUCAAAACUAUAUUAAGCAUCUUUAGAAAUUGAUUGUGAAAGUUCAAAGAAUUAAAAAUAAGGAGAAGUAUAUGUAUCUUACUGAUUAGGAAAUGCUCUAAAAAAAUAAAUCAAAAUACUAGACCAUCCUGAAAAGCUAUUUCUAAGAACUAGCUGUUAAGAGAUCUGAAGUUAAUAACGAAAACUUGGAUUCAUGGAUUGAAAGCGAUAAUUAGCAAAUAAUCCUUUAUAUUGUAUUCUAAGAGCUAAUAAGAUCUGUAUCAGCCAAAGAAAAGGAUUUGGGAUAUCUGUUAAUGAAGACCUUCAAAAAAUACUUCGAAGAAAAUGAAAAAAAAUGGGUGAAUAUUUUAAAUGGACUCUAGUCUUAUAUUGAAAAGAUCAAGCGAGAAAAAGAUAACCUUUUAUGCAAGUAUAAGCCUCAGGCAGUUCACACUUCAAUAAUUCCUGAUGCUAGGGAAAUCUUAAAAAAUCAUGACUUGACAGAAGAAAAUCUUAUAAACCAUAAAUCUUUAAUUGAGCUUCUGAUCGGAGAGUACUUCGACCUUGAGGAUAAGCAUUUUAGUGAAAGUUUCAAAAGAAAGUACAUGGAAAAAGAGAUAACUAGUGUAAUGUAUAACUGGGAUCAUUUAAGAGUAUCAGACAGAGUAAAAUAAGAACUAGAUGAGAUAGACCCUGUUUAGAUUGAAGAGAAUUUGAAAUACACUGAUGAGUAUAAAAAUGAAAUCAAGUACUUUAAGCUUAAGAACUCAGAGCUGUUUAAGAAGAUAGAGGAUCUCAAUGAUAGAAUUGCCUUCUACGAAAAGCAAAAUGUAGAUGAGAUAGCUUAACUAAAAUUGCAGCUAGAGAAUACAAGCCGAAGUAUGGAGCUAAGAGAGUACAGAUCAAUAGAGAUUCAGACGGAUAUUGAUAUGCAGAGUCUUGCGUUCAUUGAAAAAGCUGAUGAAUACAAAAAGAUUUAAUAGAAAUAAUAAGAAACUGAAGUUCAAAAAAUUAUUAAUAAAGUCAAAUUUCAGCUAUGCUAAGUAGAGGCAGCUUCCUAUUCUAAGAUUUUAGAUAUAAUCUAAGGAGUUUAUCAAAAGAAAAUAUUAGACAGUAAAAAGAAAAACUAUAUAUCCCAUAUCAGCUUGCAUGACUAUCUCUAUUAAACAUUAACUUAAAGAUACCAAAUCUUAUCUAAGGUUGAGUAAAAAUGCGAAAAAUUCAUUCUUGGCCUCAAUAAACAUUUUUCUGAAGACGAAAGAAUUUAAGUAUUUAGAGAUUUUGUAGGUAUGACAGAGUCUACAAAGUUUGGAUCAGAAGUAUUUGAGAUUUAUAUAAAACUUUUGAUGUCUCUAGACAUGAGUACAACUGAAUUGUUUGGAUUUGAUAUAGAUAAAAAGGAACUUAGCUAUGAGGUUACUACUUUAAAAAUCCUAAAUGUAUUUAAAAGCAUAAAUCCUGACCUCAAAUAUGAGGUGAUAAAAACCAUCAUUACAUAGCUUAAACUGAUACAGCUUGAUAAAUUCAGCCAACAAAAAUUUAAUGUGAGUCAAAGAUAUGAACUAUUUAUCCUCAAUUUCUUGCACAAGGUAAUAACCUCAGACGGAGAAAAGACGUACAUAAUCGGAAUAUUUAACAUUAUAACUAAAUUGAAAGUAGAUUGCUUUGAGAUUUAGCAUGAAGGUAAGACUAUAUAUCUACUAAGAUUGGAGGAUCUGAGAAAACUAAUAGAGUAAAACUUGUCAUCCCCGCUUUUGAAACUUUUUCAUGAUAAGAUUGAAUGGACUUAAUUCUUCAAUCAUUAUUUUAAGAGUUACAUGAGAGAGGAUAAAUAUGUAGAUAUUUUGAAAUGUGAGAGUGCUUUUAACCAAAAGACCAAGUUCUAUCUUAAUAUUCACUAGUAUUUAAAUAUUGGAAUAACAUUUGCUGUGAAGUAUUACGAGGAAUUGAAAGUAUAGUAUAAGCUUGUUUUUGAUGAAUUCGAUUUGAAUAGCGAUGGGUCAAUAACCUUUGAAGAAUUCAGUUUAAUGAUGAAAAAGAUUGAUAAAGAUUUAAGAUAGUGGAGAAUAGCUGAUAUGUAUGCCAAUUUAACUGGAAAAGAUAAAGGAUUUGAAACAGUUAAGAUCUCAUUUGAGAUGUUUUUAAGUUUCGCAAUGCAAAGUGAUUUCUUAGAUAAACUAAGCUAACUUCACUCAUGA